AUGCAGGAUGAGCUAGACAGGCCCAGGAAGUCUAUUAAUGUUACACCAGGAGGUACAACCCUCAUUUACUGCGGAGUUUGGGGAAAGGAAACACCCGCGGUAGACCUGCAGUUGGAAAUAAACAGAAAAGAGCACAGAACAGAUGAAUACGAACUCGACAAACUGAUCGUGCGGCGAGGCCAGCAUUUCCAGAUCCUAAUCGAGCUAGAUCGUCCUUACCGACCAGACUCAGACUCCCUUGAAAUCUACCUGAUGUACGGUCCCAAGCCUCGAGUCAGCAAAGGAACCCUUGUAAAACUCUGUCCAAAUAAAAGUGACAUCAACAACAGCAAGUACUGGGCCAUGAAGUUGGACGCGGGACCUGAAGAGGGUUUCCUCCUUGUCCACGUAAUGCCGGGUGUUACUUCCAUGGUGGGCGAGUUUAAGAUAGCAGUGGACUGUUUCACGGGCAAGCAGCUCACCAGGUUCCAGGUAAUGGAUCCGGUGGUGGUGCUGUUCAACGCAUGGUGUCCUGAAGAUCAGGUGUACAUAAAGGACGAGAAGGAGAGAGAGGAGUACGUUCUGAAUGAUAUAGGACGAGUCUACGUCGGCUCCAUCACCAACGUGAUAGGUAGGCCCUGGAUAUUCGGCCAGUUUGACGACACCAUGCUCCUAGCUGCCCUAUACCUCCUGGAGUCUGGAGACUGGUUAUCAGACCAGAACAAGGGGGAUGUUGUGGAGGUUACCCGUGCCUUUACCGCCCUGGUGAACAGCUGUGACGACGACAAUGGAAUUCUGUGUGGCAAUUGGAGCGGGGAUUACUCAGGUGGAGCACCUCCUACCAGCUGGACAGGCAGUGUGGACGUUGUGGAGACGUUUUGGAAGAACAGGCCUCAACAAGUUAAGUUCGGGCAGUGUUGGGUGUUUUCGGGUGUUCUGACCUCCUUGUAUCGGACUCUUGGUAUUCCGGCGAGAUCAGUUACAAACUUCUGCUCUGGUCACGACCACGAUGAUAGUAAUACGAUUGACAUCCACUUCGACCAUCUAGGGAACAGUUUAUCUGAUUAUGAUGACAGCACGUGGAACUUCCACGUGUGGGUUGAAGCAUGGUUUACGCGCAGGGAUCUACGCAAUGCCAAGUACGAUGGGUGGCAGGCGCUUGAUGCUACACCCCAAGAAGAGAGUUCAGGUAGGAUGCAGUGUGGACCUGCUCCUCUCACUGCGGUCAAAGCGGGGGACACUAACACCGGCUAUGAUGUAGGCUUCGUGUUUUCAGAGGUUAACGGCGAUAUCGUGUACUGGAUAGUCGAAGAGGACGGAGAUAUGAGGAUAGCUAGAGUUGAUACAAGUGGGGUUGGGAAACUUGUUGCUACAAAGGCAGUUGGAAGCUCCGAAAUGGUGGACAUCAAACAUUUGUAUAAAGCAGAAGAAGGGUCUGCAAACGAGCGCGAAGCAGUAGGCGCAGCAGCCUGCCAAGGCGCGCGCGGAGCUUAUCUUGAGGAUUACUACAAGAACAACACUCUGAGCGAGGAGAUGAAGUUUUCAGUGAAUAUAGGAGAAGUGAAGUUGGGGGAAAGUGUAGUGAUUCAGCUGGAGGCUAAGAAUACUUCCUCGGAGCCGAAGACAGUGAAAGUGGUAAUGACGUGCAGUAGUUGUACUUAUAUGGGCAGGGUUUUGGGGGAGCUGAAGAGAAUGCAGCAUACCCUCUUUGUACCAGAGCGUGACACAAGUAAAUGUGCGCUGUACCUCUCCCCCGAAGACUACGUUUGCAAGAUGACCCCAGACGGGGCUGUAAAGGUAUCUGUGAGAGCCGCGGUGGACGGAACCAACCAAAUCUACACAGAUUCAGAACAAUUUGACUUCAAGAAACCCAGCAUCAUCCUAACCCCCUCAAGUAAGCAGGUCCAGAAGGGACACAGCAUAAAACUGAAGAUUCAGGUGCAAAACCCUCUGAAGGUGCCCCUCAAGAAUGGGAGGAUUAGGUUGGAGAUGGCCAGGAACUUGAGGCCGGUGAACGUGAACUGCGGGACAGUGAAACCUAAACAUAAGAUGUCAGCUACGGUGACAGUCCAGGCUAAGAAAGUGGGAGAGAGACAGUUUGUAGCUACCUUUAAUUCCAAUGAACUGAUGGAUAUUCAGGGGGAAUGUACUGUUAAUGUGUUCGAAUAG